CUGCAUGCAUUUUUUAUGAGUAAUCGAGGAAUAAACACCAAUGCAGACGAAGGUUGUGAAAGUCCAACGUUUAAUGCUCCUCGUUUUGUAAGUGAAGGACAAGAGUUAUCCAAUGAAAUAUCUGCUCCGUAUGAAGUGCCUCAAUAUCCAAUUGAACAAAUCGAGAAAAAGUUAAUUUUGCAAAAACAACUAAAUGAAAAAGUUUUAGAAGACAAGAAAAAUCACUUCGAAUCAUCAUUAGUGGGAGCAGCAGAUGAAAUCGAUCAAAUUCAUUUAGAGGACCAUGAUAUAGUGCCGCAUUUUCAGAGGGUCUCAGUUUCAGGAGAGGAUACGAGCGGGGUACCUCUUGAAGAUUUGGAGAAGGCUUCGCAACUUAUCGUCCGAGCAUUGCAAAUAAGGCAGUCUUACAUGAAACAGUCUCACCAGUCUUUUCCUAAUACAACAUUUAGUUUCCUACAAUCUGUUUCUACUGAUAACCUUAUAAUCACUGAGCCUCCUCAGAUACACGAUGACAAACAAACAAUUGAAGACGAUUUCGUCAUGGACUACCCUAGCUCUUGUAAUACCUCUGCCAGGCCUUCCAUCGAUGAAUAUAUUUUGAAACAGAGCCAAAGUGACGCGGUAUUGGAACAUAUAUUAAAAAAUGAAUCGACUCAAGAACAUGGUAUACAUCCCCCAAGCGGUCGAUUUAAUCCGUGGGAAGUACCUUUUCCACCCGAUCUUCCUUACUACAUUAAAGCUAAAAAAGGGAUCUAUCAUAUCUACCCAAGCAAAGACGAUUUAAAUGCAGAUAAAAGUAUUGAUUACCAAUUUCCUGACUUAGCAACAUUUGUGAGCGAUAUGAAUUGCUUAUGCAACAUGAUUGCAGAUGGACCUUUAAAAUCUUUUUGUUAUCGUCGUUUAAGUUACCUAUCGUCAAAAUACUCCCUUCACGUACUGUUAAAUGAAUUAAGGGAACUUGCAUCCCAAAAAGCUGUUCCACAUAGAGAUUUCUAUAACAUACGUAAGGUUGAUACUCACAUUCACGCAGCUUCUUGUAUGAAUCAAAAGCAUUUACUACGAUUCAUUAAGAAAACAUUAAAGAACCAUGCAGAUGAAGUUGUAACAAUCAAUAACUCCCAAAAAAUGACGUUAAAAGAAGUUUUUCAGUCGAUGAAUUUGACUACUUAUGAUCUAACUGUUGAUAUGUUGGAUGUGCAUGCAGAUAGAAAUACUUUUCAUCGAUUUGACAAAUUCAAUGCCAAAUAUAAUCCUAUUGGUGAAAGCAGAUUACGUGAAGUAUUUCUCAAAACUGAUAAUUAUUUAAAUGGGAAAUAUUUUGCAAGAAUAAUAAAAGAAGUAGCUAGUGAUUUAGAAGAAUCUAAAUAUCAAAAUGCUGAACUAAGGUUAAGUAUAUACGGCAAAAGUAGAGAAGAAUGGGACAAGUUAGCACACUGGGCGAUUGAAUCUAAUGUAUACUCUGACAACGUUCGCUGGCUAAUUCAAAUACCUAGACUUUAUGACAUUUUCAAAUCAAAUCAAAUAGUGGAGAAUUUUCAACAAAUAUUGGAAAAUAUUUUUUUACCACUUUUGGAGGUGACAAUGAAACCAACUUCACAUCCCGAGUUACAUCGGUUUCUGCAGUAUGUUAUUGGUUUUGACUCUGUAGAUGACGAAAGUAAACCGGAAAAUCCAUUAUUUGAUAAAGAUGUUCCUACUCCAGAAGUUUGGUCAGAUGAAGAAAAUCCCCCAUACGGCUAUUAUUUAUAUUACAUGUACGCUAAUAUGGCUAUUGUAAAUCAUUUUCGCUCUGAAAGAGGGCUCAAUACAUUUGUGUUAAGACCCCAUUGCGGCGAAGCUGGUCCUGUACAACAUUUAGUUUGCGGAUUUUUGUUGUCAGAAAAUAUAUCUCACGGUUUACUUCUGAGAAAAGUUCCGGUUUUACAGUACCUUUACUACUUAGCUCAAGUUGGCAUUGCAAUGAGCCCUCUUUCUAAUAAUAGUUUGUUUUUAAAUUAUCACCGCAAUCCUCUUCCUGAAUACUUAGCGAGAGGAUUAAUAGUGUCUUUGUCAACGGAUGAUCCAUUACAAUUUCAUUUCACAAAAGAGCCUCUUAUGGAAGAGUAUAGUAUUGCGGCCCAAGUUUGGAAAUUAUCUAGUUGUGAUAUGUGUGAAUUAGCUCGAAAUAGUGUUUUGAUGUCUGGAUUUCCUCACAAAAUGAAGCAGUACUGGUUGGGUCCAAACUAUACUAAAGAAGGUGUUGCUGGUAAUGACAUCAGUCGUACAAAUGUACCCGAUGUAAGAGUUGCUUUCAGAUAUGAAACUCUCAUGGAUGAAUUGACCAAUAUUUUUAAAGCAUUUCGCAAAGAUAAAAAUUAAGUAACACAUGGUUUAGAGAUAUAUAUGUCUACUUAUUGUUUUUAGUUGCAAUAAAAAUAAAUACGUAAAGGUGUUUGCCAUAACAGCUUUGAACUACUAUGUCUUAAAUUUAAAUAAAACAUGUGUUCCCUAUACAUGUUGGAUAAUUUUAUUGCAUUUUUCGAUUCCAAGGUUAUAAUAAAAUUGUAUUUUUAAUAUUGUUGGAUGACAAAUAAAAGAAAUAGUUGUAACUCUUUAUGAUUAACACCUAUCGUGUUUUCUCGAAAUUAUUUUAACUCAACAAACGUUUUUAUUUUUUUUUUUAUUUACAUUUGACUGUUGCGGUAUAUUUAGUUACAUUAAUAAAAACUAUAAUUUUAGUUAAUACUGAGUUUAGGAAAGCCUACUUUAAAUGCUCAAUUAAAAUUAUGAAGUUUCCUUUUGACUGAAGUAUUAAUGGUAUCACCCCUCAAUGACAUUCAAAAUUAAAAAAAAAUCAUUUGGAUAUCUUUAAUGCUAGUCGCCUAUUGUGACGCCACGUGGCACAAUGUAUUAUUUAUGUGCUUUUGUACAAAUGAUUUGAAUUAUCUUAAGAGCCAAUAACAUGCUAUUGCUAAAAAGUAAUAACCAAAAAAUAGAAAUGAAAGUAUAAGUUUUUUGAAGAUUCCUGGAAUCGGCACCUGUUUUUGGUUAAACAAAAAGAAAAGUUUUCAAUUAAAAGAAGCACAGUAGCACUUUUAAUCCCGGAAAACUUCGCUACUUCUGAAUAAGCCCCUAUACGGGAAGGAUGUAUCCACUGGUUUAACAACGCAAAAGGAAAGCGGAGCUACUCAGUUUGCUAGCUUUCUUAUUAAGAUGUCAAGAUACCAAAACAACUCCAAACAUUAAGCGGACUCUCUUGCGUAAAAGAAUAUAUGAUAAUCGUCGCAAUCUGACUCGCAAUGAUGAGAGACUGUUAUCUACCAAUGUACAACUUGUCAACCUGAUGCUCUAGAGUGAAAAAGUAUAAAUGACUGUAAUUGCAACCAUCACAACGAACCUUCAGAAGAAGAGUAUGAUGCAUUGAAUAAGUGUAAGAGAGGACUUUCGGAAGCCAAUGAUACAUAAGGCCAUGACCAAAACAUUCGACGAUCUCAUACAGUACCUACUACACAUAUAAACUUAGAAAAGAAAGGAAACUAAAAGUUGUUCUUAGAGGCAUCCCUCCCUCAAUAGGCAUUAAAGAUAUAGCAAAGGACCUUCACACACAAGGAUACUCAGAAAUCAAAGCAGCAAGGUUGAUCAACAGACUCGGACACGAAAUCUUCCUCGUAAAAAUAGAAAUAGACCGUAUUUAUAAGUCAACUUACAACUUAUAACAAUGUUGCAAUCUAGAUAUAAUAGUAGAAAGCCUAUUCAAAAAGUAAACCUCACGACAAUGCUACCCCUGCCAGAAAUUUGAAAGCUGGCUGCAAAGCAGAAUUUAGGUGCCUAAAAUGUGUAGGCAACUACUCCACUCAUUUGUGUACUAAACCACAAACAACCCGGAAAAUGUGGUAAUUGCACAGGAGCAUAUCGCAAACUACAGGAAAGGUCCAGAGAACCCAAACAAGAAAACAGAGUAACCACCAAAACUCUAAACCCCAACUUGCAGCCAAAUUACAAAAGUAGAAUACUCAUCAACUAAAAACAAAGAAGAAACAGCCAAAAUUAUUGGAGAAAUGUUCAUACAAUGCUAAACCUAACAACAACAAAAUUCAUUAACUGCACCAAACAACUGUUAAAUCUACCCAACCUAUGAAGAACUCCAUAAAAAGAACACCCGCCAACCAAAAAAAUAGCAUACUGGGGCUCAAUCGUUUCCAGGAAAAAUCAACGUUCUAAAACACUAAGUAACAUCUCAAAACAUCGACAUCAUGUGGAUUAGAGAAACAUUACUCAAACCAUCCUAAAUCCCCCGAAUCCUCAACUAAAAACUCCAUCGACCACGACUUGUUCCCACCCACCUCAAAAGAAAACAUAAUAAAAGCCACAGGAAUCCAGCUAAACAUCAAACAUAUAGGAACUACUUACAUAUUCAGCGUCUACUACCCUUCAAGAAAAACUAACCAACCGCCGCUACAUGUCAACGAGCUGAAUAAACUACUAGAAGGCAAUACAUAAAAAAUAAUCAUAUGAAACGUUAACAGAAAGAACCACGAUUGGCACUCAAAAAUAGAAAACACUAGAGGAAAACACUUCAAACAAUACGCCGACCGACAACUACUACUUAUAGCACCAACUGAACCAACCCAUCACCAUGAGCCAACGAAAUCGUCAGACAGUCUGGACAUAGCCGGAUUAAAAAAUAUUGCUCAACGAUUUCACAUAACCUCCAUCGAAGAUAGCGACCUAAUGUCAGGCCACAAUCCCAUCAUCCUCCAUCUAGGACAGAAAAGAACAUUCUGCAAAUAAAAACUAUAAACUGGGUCGAAUUCAAAUCAACCCUCCAAGGAGAGCUGCAAGACUCAAUCUAACUUCCCAGACAAGGAAAAACUGGAAUAGGUAACACUCAUCCUCGAAAAAUAGAUAUGGGAAACGAUCCAACAACAUACCCACACCAGAACCAAAGGUAACUUCAUCCCCAACGACAUCGUGGAAUUAAUUAAAAUAGCAAAGCGACAAAAAAAUACUUUCAAACGUACAGCUCGCAGGACAAAAGAACCCUGAAUUGAAAUUGAGUUGAAAGAUCAGUCAUUACAAGAGGCACGGAAUAAUACACAGUAAACAAUACCAACAAUAA